AUGACUUCCAACGCCGCCGGCGACCGGGCUCGCAGGGCUCUGCUCGAGGAUGCGAGGGAGGAGGAGGCCAUUACGGUCAACCAGCGCGCCCUCAUCGACAAGAUCCUCGCUCGGUACGCCGCCGAGUUCACCGUCUUUCGCGAGCUGCUUCAGAACGCCGACGAUGCCGGUGCCACACACUGCGAGCUCCGCUUCGAGACGCAGCAGAAGGCGUCGGCAUCGGCAUCGGCAGUUGCGUUGCCCGCGGGCAACGCAACUGCCGAGCCGGCGGGCUCCUCGACCAGCUCUCUCAUCCCCGACUUCAAGGCCACGCUGCAGAAUUGGGUCUUCAAGAACGACGGCAAGCCCUUUGGCAACGACGACUGGAGCCGCCUCCGCCGCAUCGCAGAGGGCAACCCGGACCCUGACCGCAUCGGUGCGUUCGGUGUCGGCUUCUAUUCGCUGUUCAGCAUCUGCGAGGAGCCCAUCGUGUCGUCCGGCGACGAGCUCAUGGGCUUCUUCUGGAAGGGCGAUGCCCUCUUCACGCGGCGUGCCAAGAACGCCGCCACCGAGGUCUCUCCGUCGGGCAAGCCAUGGACCACGUUCUUCAUGUCGCUGCGAGAGCCUGCGCCGUUCCCCGAUAACCCGCUGGUUCUGAGCAAGUUCCUGGCCACCUCGCUCACCUUCACGACCCAGGUGCGCGGCAUCAGCCUCUACUGGGACGACCAGCUGCUUUGCAAGCUCGACAAGAAGCUCAGCCCGCCCCGGCCCAUGUCGAUGCCCGGUCAUCUCAACUCGUCGAGCCCGGCACGCAUCAUGAAGGUGCGCGAGCUGCAGUCGACCUCGGUGCAGAUCGACGUCCAGGCGAUGCAGCUGGUCGUGGCGCUGGCCGAGAAGCCGAAGCCACGCCCCUCGCUCACCGCCGCCCUCAGCAGGUCGGCGGGCGGCGGCCUUACCUCGAUGCUGCAAUCGGCAUUCGGCUUCUCGUCGAGCACGGCCAAGGAAAAGGAGCGCGAGCGCGAGCGCCAGGCCGCACGGGAGCGAGAGGCUGCCAAGCAGAGGGAGACGUCCGACGCCGCGAGCAUGCUUACAAGCGUAUCCGCGUCGAUUCACCUCCGCAUCGCCACGGCCCACAUCAAUGUCUCCGCCGACAAGGCCUUCGAGCGUGAGAUCGAGAGGAGCACCAAGAAACCGCCACCAAAGACGACGGCCUUCCACAUCAUCUUCACCGGCAAGGAGGAGUACGAUGCGAGCUUCCCGGACGCCGACGACGCCGACGACGACAGCGAAGAGACCGGUGGCACUGGCUCUCCCAGCGCGGGCAAGGCAUCGCUUGAUCGAGGAGUGCGGCAGAUCUUCCAGGGGCUGAUGCCGAGGCUCGAGGAGCAAGGCCACGCCUUCAUCGGCUUCCGCACCCACCAGACCAGCGGCUUCAGCGGGCACAUUGCCGCACGCUUCAUACCCACCGUCGAGCGCGAGUCGCUCGACUUUAUCGACCGCUACUGCGCCAAGUGGAACUCGGAGCUCCUCUCGAUGGGCGGAUACGUGGCCCGGGCGGUCUACGAGAACGAGCUGCAAGAGGUCGGCCGGAUCUGGACCGAGCAGAUCGGCCAGGCGCGUCCCGCCGACGACAACAAGGACGCCAAGCUGCUCAAGGAGCGAGCGCUGCACCUGAUGCGCUUCUUCACCUUCCGCACCUCUUCGCCAUCGUCUCGCGUCUACUCGCUCUUCGAGACGGCCUUCUUUGGCGCCUCGCGCCAGGCGACCAUCUCGAUCAUGUCGACGCGCGGCGUCAAGCACUCGGCUGCCGUCCGCCUGCCCAACGCGCUCCUGGCUGACUUCGUCAAGGAUCUGGCGGUCAUCCCCCCGACCCACGUCGAGCAGGCCGCUGAGUUUGUUCGCGAGGUGAGGACGAGGAACCUGGUGCAGGAUAUCACGAUGGACGACGUCUUCAAGGAGCUGUCCGGUCGCGCUCUCACACCCACGGAGAUGGUCGCCUGCCUCAAGUGGUGGAUCUCGGUGGCGAGUCAUCCGUCGUACGACAUCAGCCUGCGUUCGAGGCUGCUGGACAACGGCGUCGUGUCCAUCCCUGCAGCCGGCACCGAAGGCGAUGCAAAGGGCGGCAAGGCGUCCGACAAGAUCCAGAGCCUGCGGUCCGUGCGAGCCUACCUCAACCCGCAACGAGUCCCCACCGACGUGCCCCUACCGGACUCGUGCCUGUCGUACGAGGUCUCCAAGGCCCUCUCGCCCGCCGACUUGAGCCGCGUCUUUGGCUGGGGAGAGCUUUCGAUGCCGACCUGGCUGACCCACGUCGUGGCGCUCAGCUCGGCGGCUGGCGUCGACAUCGAGUCCAACAUCCAGCUGUCUCCGGCCUUUUCGGAGAAGGUGCUGUCCAUCGUCGCUCGCGCCUGGGGCUCGUUGCCGAUGCAAGCGCAGGUCGACACCAGCGCCAUCCUGCAGCCGACCACCUGCGUGCCCACGCGCAAGGGGAUGCAGAAGCCUGCAGAGGCCUACUUCGCCAACGUAUCGCUCUUCUCCGACCUGCCGAUCGUCGCCUUCCCCACCGCGCAGGUCAAGGGCAACCUGGAAAAGGUGCUCAUCGCGCUCGGCGUCCGCAGGCACGUCGAGCUGCAGAUGAUCUUCAACCGCCUGGUUGCCGCCGGCGACUGGUCGCACGUCGACCUGGUGGCCUACCUCGCCGCCAACAAGGACACGCUGUCGAGCAUCGAAAGGGACCGCCUCAAGAAGACGGCCAUCUUUCCCAAGGAGGGCGAGGCAGCGUCGCCAGCGGACGAUGCCAGUGGCAAGCCGCGCAUCGUUCGUCACCGCGCCUCGCAGCUAUACGAGCCGACGGAUGCGCUCAAGGCGCUCAAGCUGCCCGUGCUCGACUGGUCCGGCAAAGCGUGGAAGCCCAGCUCCGAGGAGGCCAAGUUCGUCUUUGAUCUCGGCCUGCGUCGCCACCCGCCCCUCGAGGACCUGCUCUCGCUCGCGUCGAACACUGCAGACGACAGCCUGCGUGCAGGCGCGCUGCGCUACCUCCUCGACAGGUUCGCCACCGUCUACCGGAGCGACUACACGCUAUCGAAGGCGAGCCCGUACGCCUUUGUGCCGUGCAGGCUGCCAGAAGGUGCCACUGGCAGCACCGGCAGCAAGCGGCAGCUGUGCAAGCCGACCGAGGCCUUCACCAAUUCCGAGGCCGAGGUGAUGGGUUGGCCGGUCGUCUCGACGGCCGACGUCAGCCCUACGGAUGCCCCAAAACUGCAGCUGCGUGCCAACCCGACGAGCAGCCAGCUCAUCGGCCGGCUCGUCAACAAGCCGACACGCGACGAGGCCGAGGCGCGCAGAGUGUUCGAGUAUCUUGCAUCCGUGCCCGAAUUCACUCUGGCCGACUACGGGAUCCUCAAGACGGCCGAGUUCAUCCCCGUCAAGCAGCGCAACGGCAAGGGCGACGCCAAGGCCAAGGCCGAGACUGAGACGGUCCUUGUGGCGCCGGUCAACUGCUACUUUGGCGGCAACAGCUCGUCGCCGCAGUUCAAGGACGUCUUCUCGUACUGCGACUACGGGCCCGUGGCGGGCGCGUUCCUGCGCAACUGCGGCGUCACAAACGAGCCGAGCAUCGAGGAGGUUGCCAAGCGGCUAGUGGCCGAACCGGAGCGCUUUUACCAGCUGGCGGGCAGCACCGACGCCUACCUGGGCAUCCUGCGUCAGAUUGCGACCAACUGGAACCGCAUCCGCGCACCGCUGCGCUCGGACAUGAAGCGGUCGCCGUUCCUGCUCGGUUCUAAGCGCAUCACCCAGGCCCCAGCAUCGACGUCCGUCAAAGCCGGUGGCAGCAAGGUGCCGAACCUGAUGGACGUCGACGAUGAAGAAGCCGGCGACGACGAAGACGAGGGCGACGAUCCCGGUACGCUCGUCUACGCGCUGCGCCGGCCUUCCGAGGUGGUCAUCGUCGACGACGCAAAUUCGCACAUGCUCUUUGGCUCGAGCGUCUUCUUUGCGCCGCACGAGGAUCUGCUGCAGGAGGGCCUGUACGAGCAGCUCGGCUCGCCGAGGCUGAGCUCGCUGGUCGAAGAGCGUUACUCGGCCGAGGGCCGCUUGCUCGAGGGCACGCGGCGCUCCGAGGAGGUCAAGGCGCUCGUCCUCGAGCGGACGCCGCUGUUUCUCUUCGAGAAGCGCUCGACGGCCAAAUCCGAGAUCCGCCGUGAUGCCGACUGGCUCAAGUCGGCGCUCGAGGUGGUCGAGGUGGAUGGGGCCGGCCUGCGCCUGACGCGAACGCUGCGCUUCGGCGACGUCCAGGAGGUCAACGUGCAGAAGUCGUCGGCGAUGGCAUCGCUGCGCGGCACCAAGCUGACGCUCUUCUUCUCGUCGGCGAUGGAGGUUGACUACUUUGAGGUGGCCAUGGCGCUCAACAAGUUCCUGCUGACGAGGCAGCGGCUGCAGGAGGUGCUGCUGUUCAUGACGCUGCUCUCGACGUCGCUGCGCAACCUCAAGCGGCGCGGCUUCCACGUCGACAAGAUCCUCCAGCAGCGCAAGGCGGACCGCGAGGCGGCCGAGACGCAGCUGCGAGAACAGCGGAUGCAGGCGGAGCUGGCGGCCACUCAGGCCAAAGCGGUCGAGGCCGAGAUGGCCGGAUUCCGGAAGCAGGUGCUCAGCGUGUUUCCCGACGCCGAUCCGGCCUACGUCGACAGGCUGCUGCGCUCGCAAAAGGAGCUUCACGUCGAGCGGACCAUGGACGACAUGCUGCAGAACUCGUAUCCGCGCCGGACCAAGACCGACUCGUGGACCAGCAAGGAGGUCGGCGCGCCCUUGUCGCCGUCGCCGUCGUCGUCUUCGAUCGGACCGCCGGCGCUACAGCAGCCGCAGCUUCGAGCCGGUGGCGGUGGUGGCGGCCUCUUCUCUGGAUUCAAGAGCCGUUUCAUGCAGUCCGCGGGCUCGAAGCCGUCGUCGCUCGCCGACGGCACCUCGUCGAUCGAGCGCGGACCGUCGCUGCCUGGCGGUUGGGCCGCGGAGGGCUCGGGCGGCGCACCACCGCCCAUCGCCGCUGCCGGUCGCACGGAGGCCGAAAGGCCGCUAGGCGGCCUCCAGCCGCAGCUGGGCAGCGGCUUGGGCGCGGGUAACAAGCCGCAGGAGUCGACGGCCGAGGUGACGCCGCUCUCGACGAUCCAGCACAAUGUGCUGCGGGCGAUCCAGGCGUCGCGCCCGGACGCCUCGAGCACCAUCAAGAGCCAGGCGCAGCAGACCGAGAUCCGCGAGGCGAGCAACACGUACUGCGACACGACGGGCAUCGAGACUGACCUGCGGCUGGCGGGCGAGGUGGCGGGGAUGAAGGUAUUCCUCAACCCGUCGCUCGAUCCGGCCGCGACGCUGCAGACCAACCACGAGGCGCUGGAACGCCUCAUCAACCGCGUUUACAAGCCGGUCGGCUCCAUCUUUGGGCUGGAUCCGCGCUCGCUCAACGUCUUCUGCGACGUCGAGGGCCCCAGCAUCGCCUUUAACCGGGGCGGCACCAUCUACCUCAACCUGCGCUACUACCUUGCCUGGCACGACGACGACGUGCGUGCGGGGCGCAUGUCGAAUCCGCUCGUCUCGACCUACUUUUCCGUCGCCCACGAAAUCGCCCACAACGUCGUCAGCGCCCACAAUGCCGAGCACGAGUGGUACUUUUCCGCCAUUGCCGAAAAGUACAUCGUCGUCCUGGCCGAGUACAUCCGCAGCGUCGAGGGCAAGGUCUGA